AAGGGUAGGAGAAGCAUCAGUUUAUUCAAUUCAGUUUAGUCAGUGCCCGAAAGUGCUUGAGUGAGCAUUGAGUGUAGUGUGUUGAGUGCCUUACACAUAGGAACGCUCCCUUCACAGACACCGCGCUUCUUAGGAUCAACCAGAAAUUGACUUAUCAAUAUCCUGGGAUAUUACAACCAGACUUUUGAAAGGGAUACUUUUUAAUCUCAUAAAUCUGAGAAGCAGUGAGAGUGAGAGAGAGUGAUGGAGCGUCAGCGUCUGUUGGCCUGGACGUUGGUCGCUGUGGUGACGUUAGCGGCUACCGUCUCAUCCAGAGAGAUACUCCUCAAAGAUGAUGACACAGAAGAAACAGCUCAGAUUGGGGAGAAACUAGUGAUACGAUGUGGUAGAUUCAAUGGAGUCCAGGGAGUCACAUUCUUAUGGUAUAAGGAUGACUUAAAGCUGCCCAAUUCCAGAUCAUGGCUGAAACUGAAACCAGUGAAACGCAACGAUGAAGGAAAGUAUGCCUGUCUGGUGACCAAACAGUACGAGUUUGAGAAAUGGCAUAACUUGACUCUGAUCACUUACAAAUCUAUGGAUGAGCAGAAGAAAAGCCCGUUGAAAAUAAUGGACCACAAGCGUGACUUCACAGACGCAGAAAGCAACAAUUUCGAUCUUGCCAACGAAGAUGAGAAGCACAUUCCAUAUUUCAUCAAUCCUGAGGAGCUUCACUCAAUAGUGCCCUUGCUCAAAGGGCAGAACCACACCAUAAAAUGCUCUGCCGAUGGAUCAACUUCAUUGCAAAUAAGUUGGGAGAAGAACGGCAAGGCGAUUGUGGUGAACAGUGAUCGGCUGAUGCUGGCGAGUGUUCGCGAGACGGAUGCAGGCAACUACACGUGUACUGUGCGCAAUCAAUAUGGAUCCGUUCACCACAACACCGAACUGCAAGUUUAUAAUUAUGAAAAAGAUAUGCCAAUUAUUUUGGAGUCGCCGAGAAACACUACAGUGAGCUCAGGUGAUUCGACAUGGUUUGUGUGCAAAGUGUCCACACCCAAUGACAGCAAAAUUGUUUGGCUCAGGCUGAACAAUACGCAUCCGAAGCAGAUCAACUUCACCUGGCCUCUGGACAGGUUUCGAAUCAAUAUACAAGGCGACAAAUCGCAAGAGAAAUUGAUUCUUGAAGAUGUUUCACCCGAUGACAAAGGCUGGUACUCUUGUUUAGUGAAUAGUUCAAAGGGGACUGAAUUCCACAGUGCCUGGCUUCAAGUCAACUCUGAUUUGGAUUUCGAUGAAACUACAGGAUCCGAGAGACGAACGGUCGGAUCUUUGAACAGCACCGAGAAGCUGACUCCUCCUCGCUUUACCGCCAGGAAGCAGAUGCAUCGAAUCGUUGCUAAACCGGCUGGAAAUAUGUUUCGUUUGAAGUGUCCUUCUGAAGGAAAUCCAUACCCGAACAUAACUUGGCUGAAAAAUGGGCAACCUCCCGAACGGGCGCUGGGCAACAUCCUCUACAGACAAUGGUCCAUCACACUCGAAGAUCUGGUCACCACCGACUCCGGCAACUACACGUGCAUUGUCUGCAACAGUCUCGGCUGCAUCGACUUCUCCUUUCAAGUCGACAUCAUCGGCAGACGUCCCCACAUCCCCUAUGUGAAGGAGGGAUUCCCACGCAAUGUGACCGCACUCAUCAACUCUGCCUCGGUGCAUUUCGAAUGUCCGGUUACUUUCCCGGACAAAACUAGUCAUGAUCACUUUCAGUGGCUGAAACACAGUAAACCUCUCGAGGAGGGUGACUACCCUGACUAUCUCAAUGGUACCGUCAUUAAGUGGUAUUUAUUGCAGGCUAGCGACGGUGCAGACAACCAGGAGAUUCUGCAGCUGAACAACAUCACAUUCGAGGACGAGGGUUGGUACACAUGUGUGGCGAGCAAUGGUCUCGGAUUCACGCACGCCAGUGCUUAUCUGCAAGUCGUUGAAGAACUGCCAACCACGCAAGUAGUAUUGGCGCCUCACUCCAAGCUGGUCAACAUUCUGGCUGUAGUUCUGUGUGUUAUGUUCCUAGUCUGCGUCUGUAUUGUCAUGAAUAUCUUCAGAAGACUGAAAAGAGAGAAGUUGAAGAAACUGCUGGCUAUUGAAACGGCGCGUGCAGUCAUCGGCACUCAGUGGACCAAGAAGGUGAUUGUCGAGAAGCAGACGCUCUCCAAUGAGGAGAACUCCUUAUUGAUGAUGCCAGUUGUAAAAAUAGAAAAACAGAAAUCUCGAGCCAAGCUGGACUCUUCGUCGAUGUCUGAGUACGAGCUGCCCCUCGACUCGGAGUGGGAGUUCCCUCGCGAGUCGCUGUCGCUCGGUCGAACCCUCGGCGAGGGCGCUUUCGGAAAAGUCAUCAAAGCCGAGGCGCAGGCAAUCAUUCAACAGGGAGUCUCCAACGUUGUCGCUGUCAAGAUGCUCAAAGAAGGGCACACGGACGCCGAGAUGAUGGACCUGGUGUCGGAGAUGGAGAUGAUGAAGAUGAUCGGCAAGCACCGCAACAUCAUCAACUUGCUCGGCUGCUGCACGCAGGACGGCCCGUUGUUCGUGAUCGUCGAGUUCGCGCCGCAUGGCAACCUGCGCGACUUUCUGCGGCAACAUCGCCCUAGCUCCGGAUACGAGCCGGCUAUCGGCGGGGGCGGAGGGGCGGAAGCACUCAACGAUCGCACCUCGCUCACGCAGAAGGACCUCGUCUCGUUCGCCUAUCAGGUCGCCCGCGGCAUGCAGUAUCUCGCCUCUAGGAGGUGUAUACAUCGAGACUUGGCAGCUCGCAACGUGUUGGUGAGCGACAACUACAUUUUGAAAAUUGCCGAUUUUGGACUGGCAAGAGACAUCCACACACAAGACUACUACAGGAAAACCACCGAUGGGCGGCUGCCUGUCAAGUGGAUGGCGCCUGAGGCCCUCUUCCACAGAGUCUACACCACACAGUCUGAUGUAUGGUCAUAUGGAGUGUUAUUGUGGGAAAUAAUGACACUUGGAGGUACACCAUACCCAUCAGUUCCCAGCAUGGAGAAAUUGUUCCAAUUGCUGAGGAGUGGACAUCGAAUGGAAAAACCCCCUUGCUGUUCACUUGAAAUCUACCUACUAAUGAGAGACUGCUGGAGUUAUCAGCCCAACGAACGGCCGAAAUUCGAAGAACUAGUCGAAGAUCUUGAUAGGAUACUCACAGUUACUGCGAACAAGGAGUACCUAGAUCUGGAACUUCCUCAUCUUGAUACACCGCCAUCGAGCCAAGAGUCAAGCCUGGGAGAAGAACAGUUCCAGUACCUGUUAUAGUCGCAUUUAUUGCAUUAGGGAACGGUCACUCUAAUAAACAGAACAUUUUGCGCUUCUUGAGUAACGACUGUUUCCUUAUUACAGCUAUUACUGAAUUGAUGAGGUGGUGAUGGUGCAAGUAAAAGUAAGAGAUGGAAGAUGAUGUGUGGCGAGAGUUUUAAGAAUAGCAUUUAGGCCUAUAUGUACAAAACUGGUCUCCAGUAAAAUAAGAUGUAACCGAUUUCUGUAAUAAUAUUUAUUACAUUCGGAUAUAUUGUUCUAGUAUUAUAUUUAACAAUUAAGAUUAUUGUUUUGUUAUUAUUGUCAUGCUGUUGCAAUUAUUGUGUUUGUAAUUUGUGAACAUAACAUAUUGUAUCUUCAACGGAAGUCCAUACUAUUAUGUAAUAUAGCGUCUAUAAUAUAUUGUAAAUGGGAUAAAAUGUAAGUGUAGUUGAAUCAAAUAAUUAGUAUUAACUUGAAUUGUUACCUAGUAACUUGGUUUAAUUGAUACCUAGCAUUUUGGAAAUAAUUGAUAUUUUCAAAGUUUAUUGCUGAGCAAUGAAAAAUUUGAUAGAAAUGUAUAAUUUUUAUUGGGAUACCCGAAUUAUUAAAAUUGUUUUUAUUGUGAAUUCAAGUCUUAAGAUUUCCCAUGUUUUGUUACGUAGUCAGUUUAUCAUCUUAGAGAAGAUAGAAUAAGACAUGCUAUGCUAUUUUUGCAAUGUCUGUCGAAAAGGUUCCGUUUUAUAAGUAUGAGAGUUUUUAGCGUGAUCACUUUGGAGUGUCGAUAUAAUCGGAUUCAUGUUUAGUAAGGGAAACAUUUUUAUUUAUAUUCAAAUAAAAACAUAGCUUAUGGAUGGUAUCUUUUCUCCGUGGUUCCAUAGACUUAAUUUCUUUAUAAUUCUGAUGCUAUCAUUCAUGGUGCUGUUCAACUGGAAGUAGAAUUACUAUAUUAUUAUAUAUAACUGGAAGAGUAAAGAAAAAAGAAUGUUUAGUUAUAUUAGGUACAAUAUGAACGGAAUAAUAAUAAACAUCUACUUGAUUUUUAUAAAAGCCAAGAUUUUGUAUUUUACUAUAGGCUAGAUCUUGACAAUUCAAUCGUAUUAUUAUUUUAUUCAAAUUUCAAUUGAUCCAGAUUUUCAGGAAUGAAUGCAUGUUUGUAGAAAUUACCGUAUCUUUCGUAAAAAAUUUAAUUCUCUCUAUAAAUAAUACCAUAGAGAAAAGAUAGCAUAAUGCAAUCUUUUCUCUAUGAUAAUACAUACCGUAGUAAGAGCUAACCAUGAACCAUAUAGCCUACAAUAAAUUAUUUGUGUUCUACUUUCAAUGUCAAUUUAAAAAAAUGAACUUAUAUAUAAAGUACCGGUACCGUUACUGACUAAAGUUUUUUUUAUUUAAUUGUUGUAGGCCUAUGUGUUGGUAAUUUAUAGUUAAUGUGCCUAUGUUAGUAAACUACAGCUGUAGAAAAUCAACUUUUUCUUUUCUUUCACUGUACGGUACCUAUUGUUGUUGAAUUGACUCCUUCAAACACGGACGUGUUCCAUAAUAUGGAACAUAUAUUAUGAGAGGAGUAGUUUUCAGGGGAAUGUAUUGUAAAAUAUACAUUCUCUGAAAUAAAAUAAAUUUGAAUUUGUAAAUGAAAAUGUACCGUACCCAUUCAGAAGGCUAUUAUUCAUUUAUAAGACAUCAGAAGAUUGAUAUUGUUUUAGAGUUAUUAACCAUUUUGUGAAGAAUAGGCUAUAUUAUUCUAAUAUUAUAAGCUAAGUUUUGGAAAAAAUGGUAGUCAUAAAGUAUAAGCAUUUACAAAUAAGGUUUUAAAUUUUCUCAAUUCUAAAAGUUUAUAGUUUAAAUCAAUAAUUAUUAUUGUUUAUUUUACAAAAAUUCUAAUUCCAAAAUGUGUAUAAAGAUGUAUAUGGUGUAAAUAAGUUAUUACUGAAAUGAAGUUACAGCUUGCAAUGUAAAACAUUUAUUUAUAAUAAUAGUUCACUGAACCUAACGUACGUCUAUUAAUAAAAAUGGUUGAUUUUCCAUA